UUCCAUCAUUCGCGGCACUUAGGUUUCCAGUCGUAAAACAGCUCACUACAAGCAGAGAUAGCGCGUUACCUGCAUUACGGACUCUUCAGCCUUAAUGUCUCUCGCCAACUUCCAAUAUUUUUGCGUUUUCUUGUCUACGUCGGUGCUACUUACGAGUGCAUUGUACAACAAGUAUGCGAUACGUGAAGACAUAAUAUCUCACCCGAACUGGAAGUUGCUGGACACACAAAACGAUUGUGGAUUCAGUGUUGCAGAUCGGAUUAUUGGAGGUGACGACGCCACGUUAGGACAAUAUCCAUGGAUAGCUCGUCUGGGAUACAAAUAUGAACUUAAUGAACACAACUAUUACAUAUUUUAUGAGUGCGGAGGAACAAUAAUCAACGCUAGAUACAUUCUCACCGCUGCCCAUUGUAGUCCACGCCAAAUGGAUUUGCCUCUAACAGAAGUUCGCCUGGGAGAGCACAAUGUGAGAACAGACCCCGACUGUGUGGACGGCGUCUGCGCUCCGCCCGCUAUAAAUAUUCGAGUAGAAAAUUACAAAUGCCAUGAAAAUUACCUUAACAAUACCUACCACAAUGACAUAUGCCUAAUUCGACUGGCUGAACCAAUUCAAUUCAACGAGUUUGUGUCACCCAUCUGUCUUCCAGUUUACAACUACUUCAGGAAAGCCAACUAUAAAGAUAGUACUAUGGAGGUAGCUGGAUGGGGAGUUUCUGACAUAUUUUUACAGAAGGCAAGUGACAUUUUACAAACUUUGAGAGUUCCAGUAUUUACACACAACAAAUGUGUUGUCACAUAUAAGGAGAAUUUUCCGGAAAACGUUAUCAUCCCCCAGCAGAUGUGUGCAGGAGGGGUCAUCGGCAAAGACUCCUGUGGAGGGGAUUCGGGUGGUCCCCUAAUGGCACCCUUCUCCUUCAAUGCACCACCCAGAUACUUCAUCAUUGGAGUUGUCUCUUAUGGCCCACAGAUUUGUGCCAGCACAAAUACACCUGGAGUUUACACAAAAGUGUCUGAAUACAUGAUGUGGAUUUUAAAUAAUAUUAGGGCAUAAAAAUUUAUACAAACAACAAAGCAAAGACCAUCUGAGUGAUUUUAUACAUAGCAAUAUAAAGCAACAUCAGAAAACAA